UUUGCCCCUGACUGUCUGUGAUAACCGAACAGCUGAGCCGCGUUGCCAACCACUUGCCUUGUUUUUCGCGAACAGAUGCUGCACCGCUGCUGUUGUUGUUGUUGCCGUGACGUAACGGCCGGCAACGCAACAAAAUGAAAUCGAACUUAUUUAUGGCUCGGGAGCCAAUUGAUUUUAAUUGCCGCUGCCGCAAAAGGUAAAAAUGGGUGUUCAUUAGGCCCCAAGUGCUGUGCUGGCGACAAAUCGAUAACUGCGCGGCCAGUGGAAAUGCUGAUCAUUCGCUCUUGAGCGCUCAACACGUGUGUAGGGUGCCUGGAGAACCGUCAAACCGACCCACCUUGAUUUGUUUGUAUAUGACUUUCAAACAAAAAGCGCUAGUGUCAUAGAGCGCAUAAUAAAUUCGCAAUUAUCUAAGAGCGAUUUCUGUGUAAAUACAAGGCGGGCACUUCGAAGUGAUAGCUCGAGAUCCGCGCAGUCUGUAGAUUAGAUUGGGUACUCGACCAUGGCCUGGUAAACCAUGUAUUGGGCUUCACCUUUCCACCUGUCCAGAUGCAGAGGACCAGCUGAGGGCAGCCGACGCGAGAGCUCUACGUAAGAUCUCGAGGCGUUACAUCACUUUACGUUGCACGUUACGUCAGUGGCCGUUACUCAAUUACAAAGAUGAAGGAGUGGCUGAAGAUAUCCUGCCUGCUCUGCGUCUUCGGCUUCAUCCGCGAGAUUCGCCCAUCGGAGCCCUACGUCACGGAGUACCUGCUGGGGCCCUGGCGGAACAUCUCGGAGACGCAGCUAACACACGAUGUCUAUCCAGUGGGCACCUACUCCUACCUGGUGCAGUUGGUCUUUGUUUUUCUGAUCACAGACUUUCUGAGGUACAAGCCCCUGAUCAUCACCAUUGGAGCCACUGGUGUGAUAAUAUGGAGCAUGCUCAUCUGGACCACCAGCCUGCUUUCCCUGCAGAUCCUAGAGUUCUUCUACGGCACCUAUAUGGCCGCCGAGGUGGCCUACUAUACCUAUAUCUACGCCAAGGUGGACAAGAAGUACUAUCCCAGGGUAACCUCGCACACCCGAGCGGCCAUGUUUGCAGGCAAACUGGUUUCGGGGAUCACAUCCCAACUGAUGAUCAACCUGGAGCUGAUGAACUACAAGGAGCUCAACUAUAUAACGCUGGCCACUCAAGUAAUGGCAAUGAUUUGGGCUUUUGGCCUGCCCGGCGUGGAUAAGAGCCUGUACUUCCAUCGGGAACAGUUGCCCAGUGGAGAUUCACAGACGCAGUUGCCCGGAGAAAGCAACCUUGCGGUGGACGCGAGUCAGGAGAGUGCUCCAAAGCAGCCCAACGCACUGGGUCUGCUGUGGCUGCACUUCCGCAAUGCCUACACCAAUCCGCGCGUCAUCCAAUGGAGUCUGUGGUACGCCAUCGGACUGGCUGGCUACCUGCAGGUCACCUACUACGUGCAGGUUCUGUGGAAGGUGAUCGAACCGGAGCCGCUGAUCGCCUGGAACGGAGCAGUGGACGCUGUGCUGACGGCUCUGGCUGCUUUAUGUGCCCUGGCUGCUGGUUAUCUGCACACUGGGCGUCUCAGGCCUCGAACAUCUCUGCUUACCCUGGCGCUUUUGUCCGCCGUGGAGGGCGGCUGUGUGCUGAUCUGCUGCUGGACGAAGGACAUCUACUGGUCCUAUGGGGGUUUCGUGCUCUUUGGCGCCCUCUACGGCUUCACCAUCACGGUGGCCAGUGCUGAGGUGGCCAGGAACCUGCAGGAGGAGAGCUACGGCUUGGUCUUCGGAGUCAACACCUUUGUGGCCCUAGUCUUCCAAUCGCUCCUAACCAUGAUCGUUGUGACGGAUACGGGCUUUGAGCUCGACGCCGUGGGUCAGUACACGGUCUAUGCGUUCUAUUUCAUAGCCGUCGGCGUGCUGUAUCUCGUAUCCGUGCUGGUGGAGUGCCUCGCAUUCCGGGACACCGAGAGCGAGAAGUUGGAGGACUCUCUGGAUUGAUUCCCGAUGCAUUUCGAAAGUACUUAAAUUCGCCUGCUGGCAAGCACAACUUUGCGACUUAAGAAAGACAAGUUCCUUGAUGGUAUUACCACGAUGGCUGAUUAUGUUCCCGGAAUAGAUAAGCCAUCUGUUAUCUGCAGUCGGUUGCCGAUUUCGUAGUAUUUAGUGCAGAUUUCCAUUUAUAGAGCACACUAUCAGUCUCGAGUGUGGAGGAAUAAAGUUAGCGAGCUUUUUAAAAUCA